GAGCAAGACUUCUCUGUAUAAAAAGUCUAGCCGAAGCCUCUGUUCAGUAACAUCGUUCUUCAGCAUCGAUUCUCCUCCUCAGGAAUUUAGCAUUAGAUUUGCAAAAUGAUGACCAUCUCUCUGAUAUGGGGGGUUGUUAUAGUAUUGUGCUGUUGUUUGUGGCUUAUUCUUGGAAUGAGGAGAAGACAAAUGGGUGAACCACCUCUGGAGAAUGGACUGGUUCCGUACUUGGGAUGCGCUCUGCAGUUUGGUGCCAAUCCUCUUGAGUUCCUGAGAGCAAACCAGAAGAAGCAUGGUCAUAUUUUCACCUGCAAACUCAUGGGGAACUAUGUUCACUUUAUUACAAAUCCCUUGUCAUACCAGAAAGUAUUGUGCCAUGGAAAAUACUUUGAUUGGAAAAAAUUUCAUUUCACUACUUCUGCAAAGGCAUUUGGUCACAGAAGCAUUGACCCAAGCGAUGGAAAUACCACUGAAAAUAUAAACAAAACUUUCAUAAAAACCUUGCAAGGUGAUGCCUUGAAUUCCCUCUCGGAAGUCAUGAUGGAAAAUCUUCAACUUGUCAUGAAACUUCUGGUUGUUUCUAAGUCAAAGAUGCCUGUCUGGGUGACAGAAGGGAUGUAUUCCUUCUGCUACCGAGUAAUGUUUGAAGCUGGGUACUUAACCCUCUUUGGAAGAGAUCUUUCAGGGCAAGAUGCACAGAAAACACUUAUCCUAAGUAACCUUGAUAAUUUCAAGCAAUUUGAUAAAAUAUUUCCAGCCUUGGUAGCAGGUCUUCCCAUUCAUGUGUUCAAGACCGCCCACCAUGCCCGGGAAAAACUGGCAGAGGGCUUAAAGAACCAGAACCUUGGGAAGAGAUACCACAUCUCAGAACUUAUUAGGUUCAUGAAUGACACGCUCUAUACCUUAGACGACAUGGAGAAGGCCAAGUCACACCUUGCUCUCCUCUGGGCAUCACUGGCAAAUACCAUCCCAGCAACUUUCUGGAGCUUAUUUCAAAUGAUUAGGAGUCCUGAAGCAAUGAAAGCAGCUAUGGAAGAAGUGAACUUAACUCUAAAGAAUGCUGGUCAGGAAAUCAGUUCUGAACACAGUCCUAUUUGUUUGAAUCCAGUGCAACUAAAUGACAUGCCUGUACUAGAUAGUAUCAUCAAGGAGUCUCUGAGACUUUCCAGUGCCUCCCUCAACAUUAGGACUGCCAAGGAGGAUUUCACUUUGCACCUCCAGGAAGGCUCCUUUAAUAUUCGCAAAGAUGACAUCAUCGCUCUCUAUCCACAGUUAAUGCACUUAGAUCCAGAAAUUUACCCAGACCCUUUGGCUUUUAAAUAUGAUCGCUAUCUGGAUGAGGAUGGGAAGACAAAGACCAACUUCUAUAGAAAUGGAAUCAAGUUAAAGUAUUACUAUAUGCCUUUUGGAUCAGGAGCUACAAUGUGUCCUGGAAGAUUAUUUGCUGUCCAUGAAAUCAAACAAUUUUUGAUUCUGAUGCUUACCUGUUUUGAACUGGAGCUCGUGGAGAGCCAUGUUAAAUGUCCCCCUUUGGAUCAGUCUCGUGCUGGCUUGGGUAUUUUGCCACCAUUAAAUGAUGUUGAGUUUAAAUAUAAAUUCAAACAUCUGUGAGCAUAUGGUUGGAAAGGGGGGAUAGUAGGUGAUGUGACAGGACUGAAACACACCAUUAUUCAUUUUCUUUGGACAGACAGACACAUUUAGUGAUAGUGGAACUGAUUAAGUUCCAUUCUGUUCACUGAUGUUGGCUUGUGAAUCUUAACAUUUUGGUGACAGUUUCCAGAUGGUGUCUCAGACUGGCUCCAGGUUUUAGAAGCACAACUGUUUUUUUUUUGUGUGUAAAUUAGUCAAUGAAUGUAUAUGUAGCAAAAACUGUACUUCAGGUUUUCAGAGAAAAGUCUUUAUUUUCCAAAAUGAAGAUAUUUUAAUUGGCAGAUUUUUUUUUCCUAAGGAAACUGCCUUUAAAAAAAAUAUAUAUAUAUAUGUAUACAUAACUCACUCAUUAUAAGAAAGGUACAAAUUCACGUUUUAGUGAAACUGCAUAUUAAAAAUAAAAAUUAAAUAUUUUACAUCUUUCUAAUAUCUAGUAUUGUGGAUUUUAAAAUGACAGUCUCCAUGUCCAGAAAACCUUAAAGAUGGCUUAAUAUGGCCCAUUGUAUUUUAAUGUAAUUUUGCUGAAAACUUAAAUAUUCUAGGUUUCAACUACUUAAUCUAUAUUUUCACUAGAAAAUAUAUUAGUGCAAAGAUUUUUUUUAGAGACAAAUGUAGUACUCACUGUGGUAAGUUGAAAUUAGAUAAAAAUGAAAUUGGAUAAAAAUGCCCAUUUAAAAUCCUUGUAAAUGAAACACAUAAUAAUUCAUCAAAUGUAGAUUGGCAUUGGGCUUUAUUUAAAUAGUUUCUAUCUUGAAUUAACCUGUAGUUGAAGGAACUGAAAAUUGAAACUGUAAGAUAGCAUUCCCUAUGUACAAUAAUGCUUUGGUAAAAUGUUUUUUAAAUUUUAAUAGUGGUUUAAUAAUGAUUAACAAGAUUGUAAGAUAAUGGGGGUACAAUUCCACACAGUUCCCACCAUCAGAGUUCUGUGCUACAUCUACUCCAUUGUAAAUUUCCCUAUACUUAAAAUAUUUUGAACAUCAGCAUUACCAACUGUAGUAUUUUAUUGAUAUUUUUAUUUGUAUUUAUGUAUCAAUUAUGUAUCUUUUCCUUGUACUUCAGAUAUUAAGAUAACAUAACAUUCUAUAAAUUUGGGAUGACUCACCUUCCAUAAAUAAAAAU